UUUCAAGAGCUGGGAUGCGGCUGCAGCGGAGUUGGUGUCCGAGUGGAAACCUAGUGGGGGUCGGGGGUUCCGCUUGGGGCGGUGGGAAACACCCCGGAAGAGGAGGCAUCUCUGUGAUUCCGCUCCGAGCCCGCGGGAAAGGAGUUGGGAGGUGGCUUGAGCGAGAACCGGGAGGAGAGAAGGUGCAUUUCUGAGCCGCCAGGAGCGCGGAUCGCAGACUGGGACCCCGACAAGCCAGGGGUCGCGGCUUUCUGAGGCGGCGGGAGAAGUGCCCAGACCGCAGUCCCUCCGCGCCCGUGAGCGUCCGCGUGCGCCCCGUGCUGGAGUCCCGGAGCGAUGACAGCGCGGGUUACGUCCCAGAAAUCCUGGAUUGAAGGAGCAUUUGACAAGAGAGAAUGUAGCACAGUCAUACCCAGCUCAAAAAAUCCUCACAGAUGUACUCCAGUAUGCCAGGUCUGCCAGAAUUUAAUCAGGUGUUACUGUGGUCGACUGAUUGGAGAUCAUGCUGGGAUAGAUUAUGCCUGGACCAUCUCAGCUGCUAAGGGCAAAGAAAGUGAACAAUGGUCUGUUGAAAAGCACACAAAGAAAAGCCCGACAGAUACUUUUGGCACGAUUAAUUUCCAAGAUGGAGAGCACACCUACCACGCCAAGUAUAUUCGAACUUCUUAUGAUACAAAAUUGGAUCAUCUGUUACAUUUAAUGUUGAAAGAAUGGAAAAUGGAACUGCCCAAGCUGGUGAUCUCGGUACAUGGGGGCAUCCAGAACUUUACGAUACCCUCUAAACUUAAAGAGAUUUUCAGCCAAGGUUUGAUUAAAGCUGCAGAGACAACAGGAGCAUGGAUAAUAACUGAAGGCAUCAAUACAGGAGUGUCCAAACAUGUUGGGGAUGCCUUGAAAUCCCAUUCCUCUCGUUCCUUGAGAAAAAUCUGGACAGUUGGAAUCCCUCCUUGGGGUGUCAUUGAGAACCAGAGAGACCUUAUUGGAAAAGAUGUGGUGUGCCUGUACCAGACUCUGGGUAACCCCCUCAGCAAGCUCACAACACUCAACAGCAUGCACUCACACUUCAUCCUGUCUGAUGAUGGGACCGUGGGCAAGUAUGGAAAUGAAAUGAAGCUCAGAAGGAACCUGGAGAAGUACCUCUCUCUGCAGAAAAUACACUGCCGCUCAAGACAAGGCGUGCCUGUGGUGGGGCUGGUGGUGGAAGGCGGUCCCAACGUCAUCCUGUCAGUGUGGGAGACUGUCAAGGACAAGGACCCGGUGGUGGUGUGUGAGGGCACAGGCAGGGCAGCUGACCUCCUGGCCUUCACACACAAACACCUGGCAGAUGAAGGGAUGCUGCGUCCUCAGGUAAAAGAAGAAAUCAUCUGCAUGAUUCAGAACACUUUCAACUUUAAUCUUAAGGAGUCCAAGCACCUUUUCCAAAUUCUAAUGGAGUGUAUGGUUCACAGGGAUUGUAUUAGCAUAUUUGAUGCUGACUCUGAAGAGCAGCAAGACCUUGACUUAGCAGUCCUCACAGCUUUGCUGAAGGGCACAAAUUUAUCAUCGUCAGAGCAAUUAAAUCUGGCAAUGGCUUGGGACAGAGUGGACAUUGCCAAGAAACAUAUCCUAAUUUAUGGACAACACUGGAAGCCUGGUGCCCUGGAACAAGCAAUGUUAGAUGCUUUAGUGAUGGAUAGAGUGGAUUUUGUGAAGCUCUUAAUAGAAUAUGGAGUGAACCUCCAUCGCUUUCUUACCAUCCCUCGACUGGAAGAACUCUACAAUACAAAACAAGGACCUACUAAUACACUCCUGCAUCAUCUCGUCCAAGAUGUGAAACAGCAUACUCUUCUCUCAGGCUACCGAAUAACCUUGAUUGACAUUGGAUUGGUAGUAGAAUACCUCAUUGGUAGAGCAUAUCGCAGCAGCUACACUAGAAAACAUUUCAGAGCCCUCUACAACAACCUCUACAGAAAACAUAAGAGAGUGACCAGCUCUGUUCAAAACCUUUCCCAGCACCGGAGACGCUCCUCAGGAAAUAGAAAUGAGUCUGCAGAAAGUACGUUGCACUCGCAGUUCAUUAGAACUGCACAGCCAUACAAAUUCAAGGAAAAGUCUGUAGUCCUUCAUAAAUCAAGGAAGAAGUCAAAAGAACAAAAUGGAUCAGAUGACCCUGAGUGUACUGGCUUUAUUUACCCUUACAAUGAUCUGCUGGUUUGGGCUGUGCUGAUGAAAAGGCAGAAGAUGGCCAUGUUCUUCUGGCAGCAGGGUGAGGAGGCCACAGUGAAAGCAGUGAUUGCGUGUAUUCUCUUCCGGGCAAUGGCCCAUGAAGCUAAGGAGAGUCACAUGGUAGAUGAUGCCUCAGAAGAGUUGAAGAAUUACUCAAAGCAGUUUGGCCAGCUGGCCCUGGACUUGUUGGAGACGGCAUUCAAGCAGAAUGAGCGCAUGGCCAUGACGCUGCUGACGUACGAACUCAGGAACUGGAGCAAUUCGACCUGCCUGAAACUGGCCGUGUCGGGAGGAUUACGACCCUUUGUUUCACAUACUUGUACCCAAAUGCUACUGACGGACAUGUGGAUGGGGCGCCUAAAAAUGAGGAAAAACUCUUGGUUAAGGAUCAUUAUAAGCAUUAUUUUACCACCCACCAUUUUGACCUUGGAAUUUAAAAGCAAAGCUGAGAUGUCACAUGUUCCCCAGUCCCAGGACUUUCAAUUUAUGUGGUAUUACAGUGACCAGAAUGCCAGCAGUUCCAAAGAAAGUGCUUCUGUGAAAGAGUAUGAUUUGGAAAGGGGCCAUGAUGAGAAACUGGAUGAAAAUCAGCAUUUUGAUUUUGAAAGUGGGCCCCCAAACCUUCCAUGGACCAGGAAAGUCCAUGAGUUCUACAAUGCUCCAAUUGUCAAGUUUUGGUUUUAUACGAUGGCGUAUUUGGCAUUCCUCAUGCUGUUCACUUACACCGUGUUGGUGGAGAUGAAGCCCCAGCCCAGCGUGCAGGAGUGGCUUGUCAGCAUUUACAUCUUCACCAAUGCUAUUGAGAGGGUCAGGGAGAUCUGUAUUUCAGAACCUGGGAAGUUUACUCAAAAGGUGAGGGUAUGGAUUAGUGAAUACUGGAACUUAGUAGAAACUGUGGCCAUUGGCCUGUUUUCAGCUGGCUUCGUCCUUCGAUGGGGUGAUCCUCCUUUUCACACAGCGGGAAGACUGAUCUACUGCAUAGACAUCAUAUUCUGGUUCUCACGGCUCCUGGACUUUUUUGCUGUGAAUCAACAUACAGGUCCAUAUGUGACCAUGAUUGCAAAAAUGACAGCAAACAUGUUCUAUAUUGUGAUCAUAAUGGCCAUAGUUCUGCUGAGCUUUGGAGUGGCACGCAAGGCCAUCCUUUCACCAGAGGAGCCACCAUCUUGGAGCCUCGCUCGAGAUAUUAUAUUUCAGCCAUAUUGGAUGAUCUAUGGAGAAGUCUAUGCUGACCACAUAGAUGUUUGUUCAGGCAAGCCAUCCUGCCCUCCUGGUUCUUUUCUUACGCCAUUCUUGCAAGCUGUCUACCUCUUCAUGCAGUAUAUCAUCAUGGUGAACCUGUUGAUUGCUUUCUUCAACAAUGUUUACUUAGAUAUGAAAUCCAUUUCAAAUAACCUGUGGAAAUACAACCGCUAUCGCUACAUCAUGACCUACCACGAGAAGCCCUGGCUGCCCCCACCUCUCAUCCUGCUGAGCCACGUGGGCCUCCUCCUCCGCUGCCUGUGCUGUCGCCGAGCUCCUCAUGACCAAGAAGAGGGUGACGUUGUAUUAAAACUCUACCUGAGUAAGGAGGAUCUGAAAAAACUUCAUGAUUUUGAGGAGCAGUGUGUGGAAAAAUACUUCCAUGAGAAGAUGGAAAAUGUGAAUUGUAGUUGUGAGGAGCGAAUCCGAGUGACAUCAGAAAGGGUUACAGAGAUGUACUUCCAACUGAAAGAAAUGAAUGAGAAGGUGUCUUUUAUAAAGGACUCCUUACUGUCUUUGGACAGCCAGGUGGGACACCUGCAGGAUCUCUCUGCCCUGACUGUGGAUACCCUUAAAGUCCUUUCUGCUGUUGACACUUUGCAAGAGGAUGAGGCUCUCCUGGCCAAGAGAAAGCAUUCUACUCGCAGAAAACUUCCCCACAGCUGGAGCAAUGUCAUCUGUGCAGAGGUUCUAGGCAGCAUGGAGGUCGCUGGGGAGAAGAAAUUCCAGUAUUAUAGCAUGCCCCCUUCUUUGCUGCGGAGCCUGGCCAGAGGCCAGCAUCCCCCAGGAGUGCAGAGCCGGGCGCUUCUUGAGAUCACAGACAGUAAAAUAGAGGCUUCAAAUAUAAGACAUGACCAGGAAAAGCAAGAAACAGAAAGUAGUAUAGUUGCUUCCGUGGUGUCUCCUAACACACAAGCACACUCAAAGUAUGGCCAGUUUCUUCUGGUCCCUUCUAAUCUAAAGCAAGUUCCUUUUUCAGCAGAAACUGUCUUGCCUCUAUCCAGACCCUCUGUGGAAGCAAGUACAGAUGUGCUGGCAAAUGAACAGGACGUUCAGACUGAGGUUCUUGUUCAUCUGACUGGGAAGACCCCAGUUGUCUCCGACCAGGCAUCAGUGGCUGAAACCACAGAGCAGCAUGAGCCAACUGCUCACUUACUGGAUGGACGAGACAAGGUGGUAGCACUCAAUGUGCUACCCACCUUGAGUUGCACACCUGAACCCAUGACAGUGACCUCUGUUCCUUCCCAAGCCAAGAUCAUGCAAACUGGAGGUGGAUAUGUAAACUGGGCAUUUUCAGAAGGUGAUGAAACUGGUGUGUUUAGCAUCAAGAAAAAAUGGCAAACUUGCUUGCCCUCCACUUGUGGCAGUGAUUCCGCUGGGAGUGAACAGCACCAGAAGCAGAGCCAGGGCAGCUCCCUAUCUGAUAACUCAACAAGAUCGGCCCAGAGUAGUGAAUGCUCAGAGGUGGGAACAUGGCUUCAGCCAAACACAUCCUUUUGGAUCAGUCCUCUCUACAGAGACAGGCCCUUCGCUAGGAGUCAUAGUUUUAGAUUCCAUAAGGAGGAGAAAUUGAUGAAGAUCUGUAAGAUUAAAAAUCUUUCAAGCUCUUCAGAAAUACGGCCUGCAGCAUGGGUCAAAGCAAAAAUGCUAACCAAAGACAGGAGAUUCUCAAAGAAAAAGAAGAAUUCUCAAGGACUCCAGGUGCCAAUCAUAACAGUCAAUGCCUGCUCUCAGAAUGACCAAUUGAAUCCAGAGCCAGGAAAAAACAGCAUCUCUGAAGAGGAAUAUAGCCAGAACUGGCUCACAGUGUCCAAAUUAAGUCAGACAAGUGUAGAACCUUAUAUACAUCUGAAAAUGAAAAUUAAAGACAUUGGACAAUGUGCUGUACAAGUCAGUGAUCACCUAAAGCAGUCUCAAGAGGAUCUCAGCAAAAACUCUUUGUGGAAUUCCAGGAGCACCACCCUCGAUAGAAACUCCCUGCUGAAAAGUUCAAAUGGAGUUGACAACAUCUCAGCCUCCUUAAAAAGCCCUCAAGAGCCUCACCAUUAUUCAGCCAUUGAAAGGAAUAAUUUAAUGAGGCUUUCUCAGACCAUACCAUUUAUACCAAUCCAACUGUUUGCAGGAGAGGAAAUAACUGUCUACAGGUUAGAGGAGAGUUCCCCUUUAAACCUUGAUAAAAGCGUGUCCUCUUGGUCUCAGCGUGGGAGAGCUUCAAUGAUCCAGGUGUUGUCCCGAGAGGAGAUGGAUGGGGGCCUACGUAAAGCUAUGAGAGUCAUCAGCACUUGGUCUGAGGAUAACAUUCUGAAGCCAGGACAGGUUUUCAUUGUCAAGUCCUUUCUUCCUGAGGUUGUGAGGACAUGGUGUAAGAUCUUCCAGGAGAGUACUGUGCUUCAUCUUUGCCUCAGGGAAAUUCAGCAACAGAGAGCUGCUCAGAAAUUGAUCUAUACUUUCAACCAAGUGAAACCACAAACCAUUCCCUACACACCAAGGUUCCUGGAAGUUUUCUUAAUCUAUUGCCCUUCAGCCAACCAGUGGUUGACCAUUGAGAAGUAUAUGACAGGGGAGUUCCGGAAGUACAACAACAACAACGGUGAUGAAAUCACCCCCACCAACACCCUGGAGGAACUGAUGUUGGCUUUCUCUCACUGGACCUAUGAGUACACACGGGGAGAGCUGCUGGUUUUAGAUUUGCAAGGUGUUGGAGAAAAUUUGACAGAUCCAUCUGUUAUAAAACCUGAAGUCAAACAAUCAAGAGGAAUGGUGUUUGGACCGGCCAAUUUGGGGGAAGAUGCAAUUAGAAACUUCAUUGCAAAACAUCAUUGCAACUCUUGCUGCCGGAAGCUCAAACUCCCGGAUUUAAAAAGAAAUGACUAUUUCCCUGAAAGGAUAAAUUCCACCUCUGGACUUGAGAUAAAAAUUGAAUCAGCUGAGGAGCCUCCGGCAACUAUGAAAAGGGAGGAGCAAGAAGAUCCCAGUGCUUGCCCUACCUGCCAGGAACUCAGUGAUAACAAAGAUUGAUCGACGUGGCAUUGAUUACGUCAGCGCCUCCUUGGGACACACCUUCUGAGCCUCACCUCUCCUCCUACCCAAAGGCCUCAUUGGUAUAUGAUCAGUGGGUUCUCCUAGAUACUGACCUCUGUCCAGGACACUUGGCAGCUCCAUCCUCAAGUUCCACAUGAAGACGCUUGGAUGAGCCAGCUGGGAAUAUUGUUCUUGUAUACCUCAUUGCGUUAGCUGGCCACUUGGAACCUUGGAGCAGAGUGCUGCACAUUAAAGGAUGGGGUGGUGGGGAUGAAUUUAAUUUAUUUUCUCACUAUGUGUGCAGACUGGACCCCCUACUGCUAUUUGUCACCUCACACACAGACUGUCUUUAUGUCUAUAUAUAUGUACAUAAAAAGUUAUGUGACUUCCUCUUCUGUUUUUUCCACAGCAUAGGACUUUGAAUAGCAGUGAUAGGAAAAACAAUGGAAUGAGGGUGGAUUUGCAGAGAUUGGAGCACAAACUAACCAAGUAUCCUGGUGAAAUCUAGGUGGGUUUGAGAUAUUGUCAGUGAAUCAUAUGAUGCCUGGGUAUUUCAGGUUUCUGUAAAGGAAAGGGAAAUCUAAAACAAAUAACAUUCAUUUGUAUUUUUUUGAGAUGGAGUUUUACUCUUUUUGCUCAGGCAGGAGUGCAAUGGCAUGAUCUCUGCUCACUGCAACCUCCAGCUCCUGGGCUUAAGUAAUUCUUGUGUUUCAGCCUCCUGAGUAGCUGGCACUGCGGGUGUGCACGACCAUGCCCAGCUAAUUUUGUAUUUUUAGUAGCGGUGGGGUUUCACCAUGUUGGCCAGGCUGGUCUCGAACUCCUGACCUCAGGUGAUCCACCCAUCUUGGCCUCCCAAAGUUCAGGGAUUAUAGGCAUGAGCUACCACGCCUAGCCUAUUUUUUUUUCUUUUAAACAAGAGAACAAGAAUAUGAAGAACUGGAAAUUAUUAGGAAAGGGUUUCCCUUCCUUUAAGCUCAGGGAUACUAUUAGUUAGGAGUUGACUAAGUCAGCCUGUAAAAUACCACUCACCUUUCCAAAGUUGUAUAUAUAAUAUUGCAGGUUAAAUUACUUUAUGUCCUAUGAAGAAAGAUGUGGUUUCAGUCUGAAAACAUGUUUCACAGGUGUUUGCUUCCCUCCAGGGCAGAUUCCCCAUUCCUCUGGGUUGAAGAAUGUAUAUAUAUAUUUUGAAAUAAGGCUGAGAACAUGUCAUUGGUUUGUGAUGCCCAAGGUGAAAGACUCUUGGAGGUCACACUGUCUAGUAUAUUUUAGGGAUCAGUGAUCUCUUUUGUAUGCUGGGCCUGGUCACCCUACCUUGAAGAAGCACCAGCUUUUCACACGAGGAGAGAUGGGGUGCCGGGAGUCGUCUCCCUGUCCUGUUGCAUCCCCUUUCUUAAUAUAAGGUGCUUCACUCUACUGGCAGCAAACCUCCUGGGUUUGCAAAAUUCAACUUAUCUUUAUCUUUAAUCCUGACAUUAGCUGGCUUGCUACAGAGCUUGCUUUAAAAAUCUAUACUCCCGCAUUCUUAGGUAUACAGGGGAAAUGUUGAAUAGGAGGGUGGAAAACUAAGAAUUUAAACCGAGAAAACCAAUGGUUGUAUCUGAUUCUUGUAAGUUUGAGUUAUGCAAGGGCUAGUUUAUACCCCUUUUUCUUGGGUUUUGGGGGUAGUGGAAGGUGGGAAAUUUGGGUGAUAUCUUGAUUGGCAAUUAGGAUAAAAUACUAAUGCUUUUGGAGGGGGCUUAACAACUUUAUCCUAUUCGGCAAAUCAGUAGAGGAACAAUUGGUACUCACUUCAAUGCUACAUUCAGCUAUGGAAAAAGGCAGAGUUUGCUUGCUCAAUGGCCAAACUAAAGAAGUCAGUUCAUUGGUCAAAUAUUUAUUACCUGGAAUGGAAAUUGAAAGAAAAUACAUUUGGACUUCAAAUUC